AUGUUGGAAGCAGGCAGUGCUGAACUACCGAAGGAAAUUGUUAAUAACGAACUUUCUUCUUUGUCAAACAAUAUCACUAGUUGUCUUUCAGCUGUUUCGUUGAAGAUUGGCAGUGAUAAAGAAACGAUAGGUUGUAUUGAAGAGUGUGUUAUUGCUGCUGAAGAGUUGCAAACAUUGGGUGGUUUAGUGAAAACAGAUAUAAGAGCCGUUAGUGAUAGUGUGGCAGCAAUCAGCGAGCAAAUUGAACAACUUGAAAGCUUAUUCCGAAACAUCGAUCGUCUGGAGAAAUUCGUUAAUCAGUUAUGCCGUGCACAGCGCAAACUUAAUCGUAGUAUGGCUUUCGACCGUUUUCAGUAUCUUGCGUUUGUACAAGUACCACAAAGAUUUGCUGCUCAAAUAGAGCUGUUCAGAUUACCGGAUUUUGUUGAAGUCGAGGAGAGUGAAGAUGAUGCUCCAAAGGAAGUUUCGUCAAAAGUGCAGUGUGAAGUGUCUUUAACAGGGACCACUUCAAAGGAUAAGAAAGUGAAAAAGAAGAUAAGACGACGAAAAAAGUACAAAGUGAUCAAACUCAGUGACGGUGUAUACAGCUUAGAAACUAAAACUUCAAUAUUCAAAGUUGUUCCGCUGUCGACGCCUCCACCACAGCCAUCAUUCAACUUCCGGGCUCAACUGCUCCAAAAGAGAACAAAAAAUCAGAGGCUCACAAAAAUGGAGCAAGCCGGUUUGCAGCACAAAAACAAAUGGUUUGCCGCAACAAGACCAGCACGUCGUUGA